AUGAAGACUUCCGUUGUGAACGUCACUAUCUUACUAGCAUGUGGUGUUCCGCUCGCUUCAGCAUUGCGUACAGUCACAAGUGACUAUGAUGUGAUCAGUGAUACCGUUCUAGAUGUAGGAGGUGCCAUAUUCAAUGGUAAUGUGCAAAUUGAAGAAGAUAAAUUUUUGGCUCUGGUGUCCGGUACAACUGAAUACUUUAAUAAAGAUCUUAUUGUUGACGGUGCGUUGUACAUCGGAUCCAAGAUACAAACGCUUGGUUUGGACGUGAAGGUUUUGGGAUCUACACAAAAGAUUCAAAACACAGGUACCAUUGUAUUGAAUGGCCAUAACACUACGCUACCCUCAACUUACUAUUGGGUCGGUGAAUCCUUCAAAAAUGAUGGUGAAAUUUACUGGAUUGCUCAAUCAUCAUUAAUUGGUUCACUUUAUGAAAUCAUUCCUAGCAGUUCCUUCGAAAACAAUGGUUUGUUGUCUUUCACGCAUGAAAACGGAAGAAAAGGUGGUACCUUAACUUUGGGUAACCUUGGAUCUGCUAUCACAAAUUCUGGUACGAUUUGCUUGAAAGGUGUUGUCUACAAACAAUCGGGAAUGGUUUCCGGUGAAAGUGGUUGUAUAAGUAUCGGUGAUGAAGGUUUGUUCUGGGCUUACAAUGGUUACCAACUAACUGAUCAAACAAUUUACUUGAGUUCCGACAGUGCUGCUCUACGUCUGGAAGCACUAGGUUCGCCAACAUUUGUUUACAAAGUUGUUGGUUUUGGUAAACAAAAGGUUGGUUUAGCUGUUGCAAUUAGAGAAUUCCAAUAUGAUGAAGACACUGGUAUCCUCACAGUUUCAAGUCUGCUUAUCACUUAUAAGUUGGAUAUAGGAAAAGGAUACGACCGCACUAAAUUCUAUGUUGAUGACAUCGAUUUCGGAGCAGGUUAUAUUACGGUUCUGAAUGGGGGUAUUUAUUACAGUGGAGACGUUCCUACCUUUGAGAUUCCUGAAGCUUGUCAACCUUGUCCAGAAACAGCUCCUUGGUACACUGAUUCGAACCCAUCUGAUGUUUCUACGAUAAGUGAUGACAACACCAGCACGGUCAUCGACCAAUCUUCUACAGAGCCUAUUCCUACCACUACUGACAAUGGUUCCGGUUCAGGCUCAGGCUCAGGCUCAGGCUCAGCUUCCGCUACCUCCACCACCUCUAACGACGGUUCCGGUUCAGAUGGAUCAGGUUCAGGCUCAGGCUCUGCUUCUGCUACCUCCACCACCUCUAACGACGGUUCCGGUUCAGAUGGAUCUGGAUCUGGCUCAGGUUCAGCUUCUGCUACUACUACCGCUUCUGACAACGGUUCUGGUUCUGGUUCAGACUCUGGCUCUGGCUCUGGCUCUGACUCUAACAACGGCUCCAACUCUGGCUCCAACUCUGGUUCUACCAAUGGUUCAGGCUCUAGCAACGAUUCCAGCUCUAACGACGGUUCUGGUUCUGAUGGAUCUGGAUCUGGAUCUGGAUCUGGCUCUGCUUCUGCUACUACCACUGCCUCUGACAACGGUUCUGGAUCAGGCUCAGGCUCAGGCUCAGCUUCCGCUACCUCCACCACCUCUAACGACGGUUCCGGUUCAGAUGGAUCUGGAUCUGGCUCAGGUUCAGCUUCUGCUACUACUACCGCUUCUGACAACGGUUCUGGUUCUGGUUCAGACUCUGGCUCUGGCUCUGGCUCUGGCUCUGACUCUAACAACGGCUCCAACUCUGGCUCCAACUCUGGUUCUACCAAUGGUUCAGGCUCUAGCAACGAUUCCAGCUCUAACGACGGUUCUGGUUCUGAUGGAUCUGGAUCUGGAUCUGGAUCUGGCUCUGCUUCUGCUACUACCACUGCCUCUGAAAACGGUUCUGGUUCAGGAUCAGGAUCUGGCUCAGCUUCAGGAUCAGCUUCAGGAUCUGCUUCUGCCACUGGUACCGACAACGAUUCAAGCUCAGGUUCCGGUUCAGACUCUGGCUCUGGCUCUGGCUCUGACUCUAACAACGGCUCCAACUCUAGCUCCAACUCUGGUUCUACCAAUGGUUCAGGCUCUAACAACGAUUCCAGCUCUGGUUCCAGCUCUGGCUCCAGCUCUAACAACGGUUCAGACUCUAGUAACACUACCUAUCCAACUAUCAAGACCACAACUAAAGCUGGUGCGUCAUCAACUAGCGCAACAUCAUCAGAUGGUUCCACUGAUGCUAAGACCACAGCAACCGCUUCCAUCUACACAGGCGGUGCUGCUCUAGCGUCUGCAGGUACUGGUUUAGCUGCUUUCGCUAUUGGUGCCUUAUUGAUUUGA